CGCUAGGCUGGAUGCGACGCUGGUGCAGGCUCCUGAGCCGGUGCUUCGUACGAGCAGCAGAUGAUGCACAAAGAGCCGUGCCUACGAUGUACGUAGGAGAUACGUAAGUAAAGUAGGUACCCUCCCUCCAAAAGUUGGCCAGGCAGGUACGGCGGGCCCUGCAGGUCUAGUACUGUAUACGUGAGGCAGCAGCACCUAUAUUCAUCUGCACUCAAUCUGCUACUAUUUCAAGAAAUAAUUGCUGUCACCGUCGCCAGCUGCAUAGGGGGGCGUGCAGACACUUCAAUAGCGGCUGUCUGUCAUAAUCCUAUCUUUGACCUUGUUCUGCAAGAGCCAUUCGCACUCAAUUUCCUGCCUUCUUUCCAUCUUCCCAUCUCUUUCAGCUUUUUGGGGCUGGUGGGGCCCCUGCGCUUGCCGCUAACUGCUGCUGCUCUGCUAACGCCACGCCCACCGCCGGUACCUCGUCUCAUGUAUCCUUCCCCACCAACUGCCCACUGACCACUGCCCACUUUCCACCGCCCUCUCAUCCUCGUCCACACCACUUGCCUGCCCACGCACACACCACUGGUACGAAGGUACCUCUGCCCGUCUGAGGCCCUCCAUCCCCAGAAAGUACAUAUGCAUCCCGUUGCCCUCCUCGCUUCAUCAGAUCCUCUCCACUGCUUCUUGUCAACUUCAACUUCUUCUCCGACCUUUGCUCUCUCCUUGAACACAUUGCAAAGGCUUUCGACUACUACUUGUUAUAAUAACCACUCUUCAUCCACUCUCUACUACUCUCAACUUAUCUCGACUCACAUACAACUGUGACUCCUCCCCCACCAUCAACACCAACACACAAACCAUCACAAUGUCCCUCGACAUGUGGACCCACGAAUUCUGCCUCUCCUGCGACCGACAAGUCCAGAUCGACGGCGAGGCCUACUGCUCUGAAGCCUGCAAGAUGGCCGACUUCGAAAAGACUCCUUCUUCUACUCCCAGCUCGCGAGCCAGCUCACCAGGCUUCUCGCCCGCCUCUUCCUUCUCCAGCCGACCUGCUCCCGCCAAGUUCUACCUGCCGCCCGCCUACGACUUCAACCAGGCACGGCCCUACGGCUCAACACCGCAGCCAUCCUCCUCCUUUGGCAGCUACAGCUCGGAGACGUCGCCUCUGUCCGCACGAAGCCUCACUCCCUCGAGCUCACACAGCAGCCUCUGCUCCAUGGAGAGCGUAUCAUCCACCGCCGAAGCCAGCCAACUGUCAGACAAGGCACGCAUGGAACUGCGAGCAUACGCCGUUUCAUUCGAGCAGGUCAGGCUGCAACGCAGGCGAUCAUACUAAAUAAUCACCGACUCAUACAUAUAUACCCAAACACACAUACACACAACAUCCACCAUUACGCAACUCAACUCAUACAAACACAAUAUGGAAUGACACAACGAAACCAACUUUGCUUUUGCACUUCUUUUCUUGUUUAACAAACACUUUUUUCAUUUCCUUGGGUUGUUUCCUUCAGCUGUAUCAAGACGGGACAUUACAUGGAGCACCGCAUAUCCCCAAAAGCACUUUUUUGCCUCUUUGUUUAUUUAAUUGAGCGCACUGUCUUCUCCACAUCGACCUCUUUUUUAUCUUUUCUUUUGUCUACGGAGUUUUAUCACGGAUUGAUUUUGGACUAUCAAUGGGAUCCCACUGCGGGCAUCUGUAUACCACAAUACACCACAAAGAAUGGGCGGAAGACUUGAUAUCACACUUGAUUUAUUGAUAGCAUGGCACAGAGGGAAACACAUUUGGGUGCUGGGUGGAAACACAUAACGAUAUUUGGGACAUGAUCAGCGGCGCAGACCAAGAUUUCAGGAUCAUAUCAAGAAUGAUGGCGCAGAUUAAGGCAGUCGGCGUGCUGCAAAGCCGCCCCGUCUAUGGGAUUUUACUUGCUUUGGAAAAAAAAAGGACCAAGAGGAGGGAGAGGAAAAAUAGGAAACUAUGAAUGGCCGUAAACGAGGCCAGUGAUGGGGAUGGGUUUAGGAAUUGGAUAGCUCUAGCUAAACAUGCUUUGCAUCAUCAAUGAAUAGGACAACCCUGUCUAAGACUUUGGUCAAAACACCAUCUUUUCCUGUCUCGUACGUGAUGCAAUUGGCGCCUUGGAUUGGACUGGACUGGGUGAAUCUGGCCCGGGCCCUGGCCCAGCUGCCGGUGGCGAAAGUCGCUGGUGAGCAGUCAGACUGCGACAUCGGAUAGACUUUGCGGUAUGUGAGCGAGCACUAAAGUGUGUACGCAUAAGAAGAGACGGCUAGGAUGGGAUGACGGCCAAUGGGGCCCAAAGCGCUGUGACUGGCCUGAAUCACGACAUGGACGCGGGCCAUGGCCGAAUUUCUGCUGUGCAGGCUAGUAUUACCUAUUCGCCUUGCCUAGCCGUAUUCUUUGGCAAAACUCAUAUACGCAAUGCAUAUCCAGAAUGAAGCAAAGUGGGUAGGCCGUAGUGCUAUGCUGUGUUACACUA